UAUAAAGGGUUGUCAGGUCGAACAUCAGAGGCAACAACGUAGACGCAGCAGAAGAACCACCGGACAAACUGAGAAAGACACAAAUUGCUUUCUGUCCAAUAACAUCAUGAGCAACACACCGGGAGAUUUAUUGAAAGAGAAGCUCGAUCAGCUGCAGUGUCACUUCACAUGGAGACCACAGAAGGAAACAACUGACUUGGACGAAAUGAGGUUCAGAUUGCAAUAUUCUCUGAAAUUGGGUGGACAAUGUCAAGCUGCAUCGUACAACCAUCUUGCUUUUGUAAACUGUCUGCAGGGUUAUUUUGAAGAAGCCAUUGAAAACUUAAAGGAAGCUGAAAAGUUUCUGAGAGAGAACCAAACAGAUGAAUUUGAUAGAAGAAGCAUCAUCACCUAUGGAAACUUUGCCUGGGUACAUUACCACAUGGGACAACUGACCCAGGCCCAGUCCUACCUCAACAAGCUGGAGAUGAUCUGUAAACCGCUCAGUGAUGGCCCUCGCUAUACAGCAAUGACCCCUGAGGUGUACGGGGAGAAGGGAUGGUCAUUGCUGGGUUCUGCUGCUGAGUUCUAUGAGGAGGCAAAGGAAUGCUUUGCAAAGGCUCUGGAGCAAGAUCCUAUCAACAUCGAGUGGAUAAUGGGAUAUGCGACUGUAGUGUCUCAACUGGAAUCAAUGUCUGGAACCUCAGAGAGCUGUGAUCAGAGUCAGUCAGUGAAGUAUUUCCGACGAGUACUGGUGCUUGAUCCAGAUAAUGCUGUGGCCAUGGUGCUGUUGGCUCUAAAACUGCAGAGGUUAAGGCAAAAUGAGGAAGCGAACAAAUUGGUUGAAAAAGCAUUGCAGAAGACCUCUGAUCUUCCAUUUGUGGUUUGCUAUGCUGCAAAAUAUUAUAGAGAAAGUGGAUCUGUGGAGAAAGCAAUCGAGCUCUUGAAACAAGCAUUGGAAUUAAUUCCACACUCUUGUUUCUUACACUACCAACUUGGAUUCUGCUACAGAAUUAAGCUGAAAUACAUUCAUUCCAGAUAUCUUCGCAAUCCUGAAUUUCAGCAGAAAGCUGAGUUGAUCAGUCUAUGCAAGUAUCACUUUGAAAAGUCUUUUGAGCACAGUCGAAGGUCAGCUAUUCAACCACAACUGGACUUUGCAAACAUCUGCAUAACAAGUGGGGAGUAUUCCAGAGCAGAGGAGAUUUACCGUAGAUUGGUGGAGUUAUUGGACAUUCAUCCAGAGAAUAUACAAAGCAUAUGUCUGGAAGCUGGGUUAUUUGAACUGCACCAGAAAAAGUCUGAAACAAAUGCCGUUCGCCUCUUCCUGAAAGCAGCGAAAAUUGAAUAUAACUCAAGAGAACGGGAAAAAUGUUGCAUGAAAUUGGAGGAGUGGGCAGAUAGGAAACUUAGUAUAAAUGCACAGGACAGCGAGGCUCUUGGUAUUAAAGCAUUUCUGUAUCAGCUAAAUGGGUUCAAUUAUAAAGCCACUGAAUACUUUGAGAAGGCCUUGAACUUUGAUCCUGGCAAUGAGGAAUAUGUGCGUGCUCUUUCUCAAUUACCGUCUGAGUACCACUGGUAUUUUUAAAAGAUGCAUUUCCAUCUGUUCUGAAGAUAGGUUUGGUGGGGUUUUGCUUUACUAGUUAUAUCCUCUUAGCACUUAUUAGUAUUCGAUUUGCCAAAUUGGUCCCUUUGUAACUAGACCCAAUUAUUGUGUUUAUUUUAAAAAUAUUGAUUCCUCAAGUACCCUGAGCAAACUGAAUUUAAUUGUGCUUCUCUGGUCUCUGGAAAGAUUGGAUUGGGAUACUGCAGCAAGUAGAGCUAAAUGAAAAAUCAAAAGUUUUUCCACAUUUGUUUGUAUGACUUAUUAACCAUUGAAUGUAUUUUACUUCUCAAAUAUAUUGAGUUUGAUUUUAUCUUAAGGAUCUUUGUAAAAUGUCCUCCAAGGAUAUGUUUGGUAAUUAAAGCUUCAA